UGUUUUGUCUUUUCAGGGGGGCGGCUCCUGGUUCUGAUCAUGUGGCUGAACUUUGCACCUCAAAGCGACGGCUGCCCUGCGAAGUGUGUGUGCUACAUUGAACCACUGCCAACGGUGGCAUGCCAACAACAAGGACUCUUCUCCAUUCCUACUGAGAUACCUGUGCGGAGCCAACGAAUCUUCCUUCAAAGCAACAAGCUCACAGUUGUAAGAUCCACAAGUUUCAGCUCGUGCCAAAAUCUUACCGUCCUGUGGCUCUACUCUAACAACCUUAGCCACAUAGAGGCUGGUGCUUUCUAUGGUUUGGAGAAACUGGAAGAACUGGACAUUGGGGACAAUAGUAAUCUUCGCACAAUCAGUCCCACAGCCUUCCGAGGGUUAACUAAACUGCACACGCUUCACCUGCACAGGUGCGGUCUUUCAGAGCUGCCCGUCGGGGUUUUCCGAGGAAUGUUUUCCCUACAGUACCUUUAUUUGCAGGAUAACAACAUUCUGACCUUGCAUGAUGACACUUUUCUGGACCUUGCCAACCUUACCUAUCUCUACCUGCACAAUAACAAGAUCAAGAUAGUGACUGACAACAUGUUCCAUGGUUUAAUCGGUCUCGACCGUCUGCUGCUUCACCAGAACCGUGUCGUAUUUGUUCAACCAAGGGCUUUCAGUGAUCUGGCCAAGCUGAAAUCCCUGUUUUUAUUUUUCAACAAUCUGACAGUCUUGUCGGGGGAAACGAUGGAUCCGCUCACCAGUCUCCAGUACUUGCGCUUAAAUGGGAACCAGUGGAUUUGCGACUGCCGGGCCAAAACCUUGUGGGAGUGGUUCAAACGUUUCAAGGGUUCCAGCUCUGAGUUGGAGUGCGAUGUUCCAGAAUUCUUGGCAGGAAAAGACCUGAAACGACUGAAAAGCGAAGACUUGGAGGGAUGUGUAGAAACACCGCAAAUCCAGACCAAUCUCUUCACCUCCAAGGCCCAGUCCGGAAAGUUCCCUUCCACUGAAAAUCCUCUCGGUGAUACGAUGCCACGGUGUUGUCUGGGAGAUAACGACAAGUCUUCUAUUCUGUCUGGCAAGAGUCGCCAAAUUAUCAACAACCCCCUGAAGGAAAAGGAAAAUAUGUCCAAGACGAAAUUUAAAGAUCCUGAAAGAACGAAAAAUGACACCCAGAACAAGCAGAACGACGGCCCUCUCGGAACCUUAUCCAACACCCUGGACAAGACUUUAGAAAAUAUGAACCCUAACCUAAUAGACACUCUAGAAUCAUCUACAACCUCAAACAAAAAGAAAAAGAAGUGCUCCAAAAAGCCCAGAUCAGACACCCACUGCAUUAAAGCCCGGGGCGCUACGUUGCAAGUGCUGCGCUUUCUCCUCAUUCCUACGAUCUGGAUCUCUCUCUAG